CUGGCAUCGUACGGUGGCACCCUCGACCUCACCUUCAUGUACCUGAAGCCACGGGAACAGCGAGACCGCUACCUAGCAAGCUCCGACGUCAUCAUUGAGGGUAGAGGGAUACGGCUAGGCUACGGUGGCCGCUACUACCGCGACAGCUACAAUGAGACGAUCAGUGUGCCGCUGCGCGAGGGAGAGUGGCGCCUCCUGGAUGAGGAGGGCAACGCGCGACAGCUGGCUGACAUGAAGGAGUUCUACAUGGUGCUGCUGGACGUGGAGAGACUGCUGCUGCGUGCAAGCUUCCACACCACACAGACCGAGUCACU